UACGCGCCUUUGUUUGGCAGAUGAAGGUUUUACUUCUGGGUUCAGAUUUAGACCGUUUCUGUGAGGUGUAUAUUCCAUAGAAGAAAUGCAUAAUCUGGCUACGUCGUUAGACAUGAUAACAGUCAGGUCUAUGUUCCUAACUUAAGGAACAAUGACCACGAGCAACCCGGACUAGCGGAUAAAAUAAGGACAGCAGCACUGUUGAAAUAACAUUGACUGUACCAGCCUUGCUAGCCGUAUGAGUAUGCAUUUAGCCUGUGCUAACGGGCUACCUUCAACUACCAGGACUGAGAUCUGAUCCCCAACACUAGCCAUGUCGGACAAAGGGGAGGUGAUGGAGUGGGUGGAAACCACAGAGGAAGUCAUUAUUGAGGAAUGUGUACUGCCCAAUGGUAACUCAUCCACGGUGCUUCAAGUAUCAGAACCAACAGAGACCCCCAUGCAGAAGUUGCUGGACACAGUGGUGCAAGGAGAAGAUGCUGAAUUGGACGAUGGCUUUUAUUGUGUCGAAUGUCGGUCUCUGUUCGAAGAGCAGAGCAAUGUGGGCCUCACCAGCCCGUCCUUCGUCCUGGACUCGCCCACCAGCAUGGCCGUGCCCCAGAGAGCACUGCUGACGCUUCCCCACGGCCUGAUGAUAGGAAGGUCCAGCAUUCCCAACACGGGCCUGGGGGUCAUGAACCAGGGGCCAGCGAUGACGCCCGGAAUGCAUUUUGGGCCCUACGAGGGGGAAGUGACCUCCAGGGAGGCUGCAGUGGCGAGCCGAUUCUCCUGGGAGAUACACAAAGUAAAUGACGAAUACGACUACAUUGAUGCAGCGAGAGAAACGCACUCAAACUGGAUGAGGUAUGUGAACUGUGCCCGCAACCAAGAGGAGACCAACCUGCUGGCGGUGCAGUACAAGGGCAGCAUUCUGUUCCACUGCUGCCGCACCAUCCAGCCAGGAGACGAGCUGGUGUGGUGGCCAAGCGCCGGGCUGGUGAGCCGGCUCAGUGAGGCCUGGAGCCACAUGUGGCUCAGGAAGCUUUGUCCCACAGAGAGUGACCCGAGUAUCACGUUCCAGAUGUUCCUCUGUGCCCACUGCCCGCUGUCCUUCACCACGGAGACGUACCGCCAGCGCCACGUCGACCACUUCCACACGCAGCCCAAGAGGGAGUGUUCCUCGCCCGACACGGAGGCCGCCGAGGACUUUCCCCCCUCCACCUCCACCGAUCCCAGCCCUCUCGCCGCGCCGGACGCCCCGGAGGCCAAGACGUGCCGGGAGUGCGGCAAGGUGUUCAAACACGUGCAUCACCUCAAGCGGCACGCGCUGUCGGUGCACUCCAACAAGCGGCCCUACUGCUGCCCCCAGUGCCGACGCAGCUUCAGCCAGGCCUCGGGCCUGCUCCGGCACCAGCUGGUGCACAACAAGCAGGCGCCGUCGGUCCAGAGCUGCCGCCAGGAGACCAAGACGGAAACGGAGACGGGAGGUGCCGAGACGGACGAGCUCGCCUCUGAAGAACCGCCGGACCCCGAAGAAGCGGCCGUCGGCGGGCACACGCCCGGGCAAGAGGGUCGCCCUCUGGAGGAGGCGGAAGGAACGGCGCCGGGGGAGAAACGGAACACGUGCGUCCAGUGCGACAAGAGCUUCUCAAACGCGCGCUACCUCAACAAGCACCAGACGCGCGUCCACGGCAACCUGCGGCCCUACGUGUGCACGCUGUGCAGGAAGACCUUCAGCCAGCACAACGACCUGGGCCGGCACCUCGAGUCUCACCAGGCCAAGGGGGAGGACCUGAGGCCCACGCCGUGCAAGAUGGCACUCGCGGAGGAAGAGGGGGAGAGUUCAGAGGCGUCCGCGGACGACGCCCAAGACCCGGAGGACCUGGACUACACCGAAGCGCCCCCCUCGGUGCCGCAGUCACCAGAGACUCCCAAAGAGCCGGCGUACCAGAGGCCGCAGCGCCUCGGGGUUCGCUCCAAGAUCUUCACCAUCACAAAGCUCAUCGCCCCCAAGCGCAGGACUCCGGCGCCAAAGAAGACGCCGCCGUGCCCGGCCCGGGCCGUUCCGGAGAGCGUGGAGGAGUCGGACGUCGGCGCGUCCGCUCAGGAGGGCCAGGCCCACAGCUGCGUCCACUGCAAACAGAAAUACGAAUCGGACGCGGCGCUGAAGGGGCACGCCUGCGCCGCCUCCGCGCAGCACAGGUGCUCCCGCUGCGGCGCCACCUUCAAGAAGGCGGGCUUCCUCAAGCGGCACGAGAGGACGGCGCACGCGGACAGCAAGCCGCACGCGUGCCACGUGUGCGGCAAGGGCUUCAACAAACUGUUCAACCUGAAGCAGCACCAGAAGAUCAAGAGCUGCGACAAGCACCACUGCACCUCCGAGAUCUUCCCCUGCUCCUACUGCCCCUUCUCCUUCACCAUCCGCAGCUACCUGCGCAAGCACGUGCGCCGACACCACCCCCAGGAGUUGGAGUGGCUGCCCGAGUCGGAGAAGUCGGCGGAAGAGCAGGGGGGCGAGGAGGCGGGGGGCGACGUGGCGCGCGUUUGCACCGAGUGCGGGAAGACGUACGGCACGGCUAAGAAGUACCGGGCGCACCGCUGCUUCCAGCAGGUGGUGCUGUACCUGUGCACGGACUGCGGCAAGGACUUCACCAACCACUACAGCCUAAAGCAGCACCAGCGGGUGCACACAGGCGUGCGGCCCCACGGCUGCCCGCACUGCCUCAAGACCUUCGUGCACAUGGGCCAGCUGAACGUGCACCUGCGCACGCACACGGGCGAGAAGCCCUACCUGUGCACACACUGCGGCGACAGCUUCCGGCAGUCGGGGGACCUGAAGAGGCACGAGCGCAAGCACACGGGCGUACGGCCGCACAGCUGCCCCGAGUGCUUCAAGAGCUUCAGCCGCCCGCAGAGCCUGCGUGCACACCUGCUGCUGCACCUGGGCCAGAGGAUGUUCAAGUGCGACGAGUGCGGGAAGAGCUUCUCGCGGAACUACCACCUCCGGAGGCACCAGCAGAAAAUGCACUCGAGAUUCUGGGGUUCAAACCCGUUGCCGGAUCAAAUUUAAUUUGGAGACAAUUGUUAAAGAAUUGUUUCUUUUGGGGGGGGGGCCAGAGUCAUGAAUUUCGUCGGUGGGCCGGCAUUAAGAGGGAUUGAGAAAUGCUUUCAUGUUGUAAUGCAUUUAAUGAGGGCUGCUUGAAAUUCUCGUCCUCAUGCUUGUUUUAAAGCGCUUUACAUUGAAGUUGAUCAGGAUACAGUUGCAUACAUUUCUGUAUCCCCUUUAACAUUCUCACUCAAUCAGAAACAUCAAUGCGUUUUAGCAGUUUAAAAUGUUGCCAAGUACUACGUGGAAAUAAAAGAACCCCCAAGCUUAA